GGCACGCAGGGGCGGGGCCUGAGUCAGCGCCGUUCGGCCGGGGUCCCCUAGGCGCUGCCCAGUCUGGCUCCGGCGCCGCCCGUUGCGGACUCGUCCUUGCAGUAGUCGCCGCCGCCGCCUCUGCUCCUCCGCCUGGCCCGGGCCGUCUGCCCGCAGCCAUGAGCGUGCUCGGCCCCGGUGGAGUCCGCAGUCCUCUAGAUUAGUCCCCACCGCCGUCCAGGACCCGCUUGCAGCAUGGAGUCGCCCGCCUCAAGCCAGCCCGCCAGCAUGCCCCAGUCCAAAGGAAAAUCCAAGAGGAAGAAGGAUCUACGGAUAUCCUGCAUGUCCAAGCCACCCGCGCCUAACCCUACACCCCCCCGGAACCUGGACUCCCGGACCUUCAUCACCAUUGGAGACAGAAACUUUGAGGUGGAGGCUGAUGACUUGGUGACCAUCUCGGAACUGGGCCGUGGAGCCUAUGGGGUGGUGGAGAAGGUGCGGCACGCCCAGAGCGGCACCAUCAUGGCCGUGAAGCGGAUCCGGGCCACUGUGAACUCACAGGAGCAGAAGCGGCUGCUCAUGGACCUGGACAUCAACAUGCGCACAGUCGACUGCUUCUACACUGUCACCUUCUACGGGGCACUGUUCAGAGAGGGAGAUGUGUGGAUCUGCAUGGAGCUCAUGGACACAUCCCUGGACAAGUUCUACCGGAAGGUGCUGGAUAAAAACAUGACAAUUCCAGAGGACAUCCUCGGGGAGAUUGCUGUGUCUAUCGUGCGGGCUCUGGAGCAUCUGCACAGCAAGCUGUCGGUGAUCCACAGAGAUGUGAAGCCCUCCAAUGUCCUUAUCAACAAGGAGGGCCAUGUGAAGAUGUGUGACUUCGGCAUCAGUGGUUACUUGGUGGACUCUGUGGCCAAGACGAUGGAUGCUGGCUGCAAGCCCUACAUGGCCCCUGAGAGGAUCAACCCGGAGCUGAACCAGAAGGGCUACAAUGUCAAGUCCGACGUCUGGAGCCUGGGCAUUACCAUGAUUGAGAUGGCCAUCCUGCGGUUCCCUUACGAGUCCUGGGGGACCCCGUUCCAGCAGCUGAAGCAGGUGGUGGAGGAGCCGUCCCCCCAGCUCCCAGCCGACCGUUUCUCCCCCGAGUUUGUGGACUUCACUGCUCAGUGCCUGAGGAAGAACCCCGCAGAGCGUAUGAGCUACCUGGAGCUGAUGGAGCACCCCUUCUUCACCUUGCACAAAACCAAGAAGACAGACAUCGCUGCCUUCGUGAAGGAGAUCCUGGGCGAAGACUCAUAGGGGCUGGGCCUCGGACCCCACUCCGGCCCUCCAGAGCCCCAUAGCUCCAUCUACGGGGGCAGUGCUCACCCAUACCAUAAGCUACUGCCAUCCUGGCCCAGGGCACCUGGGAGGAACCGAGGGGCCUGUUCCCACCUGACUCUGCAGCGAGCCAUUUGUCCCAAGUGCCAAAGAAGCAGACCAUCGGGGCUGCCAGCCAGGCCCUUGUCGGCCCCACCAGUGCCUCUCCCUGCUGCUCCAAGGACCCGUCUCCAGCUGCUGAGAUCCUGGACUGAGGGGGCCUGGAUGCCCCCUGUGGAUGCUGCUGCCCCUUGCACAGCAGGCCGCUGGUGCCUGGGUGAAUGGGCCACUGCCUUGCCCAGCCUGGAUGCCACCCAAGUUGUAUAUUUUUUUAAUCUCUUGACUGAAUGGACUUUGCACACUUUGGCCCAGGGUGGCCACACCUCUAUCCCGGCUUUGGUGCGGGGUACACAAGAGGGGAUGAGCUGUGUGAAUCCCCCAAGACUCCCAUGAGGGAGAUGCCAUGAGCCGCCCAAGGCCUUCCGCUGGCACUGGCGAACGGGGCCUCUGCGGGGCACACUGGGUCACCCAGUCCUGCCCGCCACCCUAAUCGGUGUCAUUCACCUUUUUGUUUUUUUUUAAUUUAUCCUCUGUUGAUUUUUUCUUUUGCUUUAUGGGUUUGGCUUGUUUUUCUUGCAUGGUUUGGAUCUGAUCGCUUCUCCCCCACCCCCUAGGGUAUCAGCCUUGCCCUCUGCUCAGGCUGGGGUCCAGUGGGAGGGGCCCAAGAUCUCUGCUCAGAGAAGUGCAGGGGGAGCCUUCCCGCCCACUCUCCCUGAGGACUGGCUCAACGGGGGCUAUGGGUUUGCUUUGGUGGUGUUUUUAAAAAAAGAAAAUAUAUUUUUUUGAAAAAACGACUGCCCAUCCCGGGUCCUUUCCCUGAUGGGUUGGGGCAGUUACCUGGUUGCUGUUUUAAUUAAAAAAAAAAAGAAAAGAAAAGGAUUAAA